AGAAAAUGUCAAAGGAGGAAACUGAGGAGUUUGUAAGCCUGAAGUCUGAUAUCGGAAAACAUGAAAUUUAUCUCAAACAAAGCGUACUGCAAGAUCUCAAUAUACACAAAUACUGUAACUGUAUCCUGGUUUGUGAGGAUGGAGAGCUACCCAUCAACAGUCUCUGCCUCUCCCUAGUGUUCCCAACCCUGGAGCUAAACCUCAACCUGGAGGAGAGGAUGUUUAUACUCCCGGACUACACAAGGAGGGAGAUAUUCAACAUCCUGGAUACUCUUCUUCAAGAGGAGGAGGAUAUCCAGCUCGUAAAUAAUCAAGAAUUUGAGAGAGACAUAUGUCAAAGAGAUCGUGAAAAUGAAGAGGAGGUAGGGGAACAAAAUCAGGAAAUGCUAGAACAACAUAAUGAUUAUUUGGAACAAGAUGAUCAAGUAGAAUAUCAAGAAUAUCAAGAAUAUCAAGAAGGUUUAGAAAUUCAGGAAAGUUUGGAAGAAGUUGAAGAUGAUGAUAGAGAUGGAGAUAAUGGAGGGGAUGGAGAUAGUGUAGAUGAUGGAGAUGAUCUGGAUAAAGAUGAUGGAAAAGAUGAAAAUGAUGGAGAUCUUGAAAUGGAAGAGUAUUCAUAUGAUCAAAAUAUGGACGCUGAUGAAAAUUUAGAUAAAGAUCAAAUUGAAGAUCAAAUAGUUAUUGAUCAAAUCAAUCCAGAAUUUAAUGGAAUUCAGCGUCAACAAAGUUUUGAAAGAAAGGUUUCCAGGAAAGGAUUUGAAUGCUCUUUCUGUCCAGAAUAUUUCCAAAGGAAGGAUUAUUUAAUGGUUCAUAUUUUAAACCUGCACUCUACCGAGCCCGGAGUAAAAAUAUUAAAACAGAAAUCAAUCAAUCAACAAUAUCAAUGUCAAGUUUGUGGCAAGAUAUUUUCUGCUCCCAGUCAUCUAAGAAGACACUCAAUAAAGCACACUGGUGAGAAAGCAUUUCACUGUGAAGUUUGUGGAUUAGAAUUUACUAACAAUUGGAAUUUGAAGAAACACAUCAAGAGACAUACAGGAGAAUUGAAGUUUGCUUGUGAUAUCUGUGAUAAAGAGCUGUGCUCCCGUGCAUCUUUAAAAGAUCAUUUAACAAUUCAUACAGGUUCACGAGAACACUCCUGCAACCUAUGUGGAAAAUCCUUUAAAAGAUCUGGAAACUUGUAUAGACACAAACAGAGUUGUAAACUCAACAGUUCAACCGGGAACAGUUUUUCUGGUGAUAUUAAAGAGGAGGUUUUAGAACAGAACGGUGUUAAGCUUGAUGUCGGAGCACAGAAUGGUGUUAAGCUUGAUGUCGGAGCACAUAAUGGAGUUCAACUUGAUGUCGGAGAACAGAACAGAGUCCAACUUGCUAGUGGAGCACAGACUGGAGUUCAACUUGAUAUCAGAGAACAGAACGGUGUUAAGCUUGAUGUCGGAGACCAGACUGGAGUUCAACUUGAUGUCGGUGCACAGACUGGAGUUCAACUUGAUAUCGGAGAACAGAAUGGUGUUCAAUUUGAUGUCGGAGCACAGACUGGAGUUCAACUUGAUGUCGGAGCACAGAACGGAGUCCAACUUGAUGUCGGAGCACAGAACGGAGUCCAACUUGAUGUCGGAGCACAGAACGGAGUCCAACUUGAUGUCGGAGCACAGAACAGAGUUCAACUUGACCAACUUAGAGAUGGUCUUCAAGAUCUUGGGUUUCUUGUUGAAGUUGUCAUUGCUUAAAAAUAUUUCAGA